AUGGCAGACAUCAACAUCCACGACAUCACAAUAGGCAUCUACACCAAAGGCCUCACCGUCCUCCUGCACAUCCUCCAAAAAUCAGCCGCCCACCCCGACGCGUCAACCUUCCCCGCCGCCCGCCUCAUCGACGACAUGCUCCCCCUCAGCUUCCACGUCCAGUCCGUCUCCCACACCGUCUGCAAGUCCCUCCGAAAGCUGGGCCUCGACAACAUCCCCGACAUGCAGGAUUCAGAGUGUACAAUGGAGGAAGUGAUUGCUCGUGUGGAACGGACGUUGGAGCUCGUGCGGGGGGUGGGCGCUGAGACGAUGGACGGGAGGGAGGGCGUGAGGGUGAGGAUGCCGGGGGGCGAUGUGAGCGGGAAGCAGUUCGUGUUGGGGUUCGCGGUGCCGAAUUUCUUUUUUCAUUUGCAGACUGUGUAUGCGAUUUUGAGGAUGAGGGGCGUUGGGUUGGGGAAGGAGGAUUAUUUGACGGGGUGGGCUGGGGAGUGGGAUAGGGAGGUUUAG